UUAGAGCUCAGUGGGAUCAAGCGACCUCAUGAAGAUGACGAUGAUGCUGAAACUUCGGCCAAGAAACCUAAAUUGGCAGGUGAAGUUUCAUUAGAUGUGUUGAAAAAAUUUGUAGAAGUCAUCGAUGAUCCAUCGUCAAUGCUGGGACCUGAGGGUGGCUUAUACCCCGGAGCACAGAGCGCACGUGACGAGCAUGCGCGAUGCGAAGAACGACGGGGAGUGAUCGAAUUCCACGUGGUUGGGAACUCAUUACGAAGAACCCCCUCUAAUCAGACUUUACUAUGGCUGAUAGGACUUCAGAACGUGUUUUCGUACCAGUUACCCAGAAUGCCUAAGGAGUAUAUCAGUCGACUGGUCUUUGACCCUAAACACAAGACCUUGGCUCUCGUUAAGGAUAAUCGUCCAAUAGGAGGCAUUUGCUUCAGGAUGUUCCCCUCACAGAACUUCACAGAGAUUGUGUUCUGCGCUAUUACAUCCAAUGAACAAGUCAAGAUCGUCAAGAAGCUAACAGCGCGUAAACAAGAACAGAUCCGUAAAAUCUAUCCUGGUUUGACGUGCUUCAAGGAAGGUGUACGACAGAUACCUAUCGAAAGCGUCCCAGGAAUAAGCGAAACGGGAUGGAAAAAUUGCCUCAAGAAAAGUACAACGAAAGACAUCGAUCCAGCAAUAUUACAAACACAACUGAAGAAUAUUUUGACACAGGUCAAGAACCAUGCAAGUUCCUGGCCAUUCCAGAAACCUGUAGAGCGAUCAGAAGCACCUGACUACUACGACCACAUCAAGUACCCAAUGGAUUUCAAGACGAUGACAGAACGACUAAAGAGUGGUUAUUACAGCUCCAAGAAGCUAUUCAUCGCUGACAUUAGACGGAUCUUCGAGAACUGCCGCACGUAUAACUCCCCUGACACGGAAUAUUACAAAUGUGCCAACAUCGUUGAACGCUUUUUCCUCAGUAAAAUAAAAGAUCCUGCUACCUAGUGAGCUAGA